UUUCCUCCAUAUCAUGUUGCACUGUUUAAAACUGGCAUUUUUCCCUUUGAAUUCAAAGAAACUGAUGAAGUUAUGCGACAGAAAUGAUAUAUCCUUAUAAAUUCCAAUUAUGGAUAAAGAUUGAGUUAUAUUCUUAACACUAACAAGCAUUCAAUACCUGCAGCAAUAAUUUCCAAAAUGGUAAAUAAUAGCAUACACCUUAAUUAUGGAAACAUUGUCCUCUUUCAUUUCUAGUUCCUGCCUUACCUAUUUAAUGACAUCCAAUGUUGUUGAUAUGUAGAAAAUAUCUUAGCUCUGUGUAGAGUGAAGGUUUUUAGGGCAAUUCUUGACAUACUUGGCGUUGAGUGAUUUAUAAUAAUGGCGUUGAGUGAUUUAUUAUCAAUAUUAUAGUUACCAGAAAAUGCAAACAAACAUUGUAGCGCUUCAAUUAAUGAAGAUACUAUUGGGGUUGAUGCUAUACAAGCUGAGGCCGAGAAUACAGAUGAAAAUCAAAAUUAUGAUUCUGACAAUGACUCUGAAUUCUUGGCAGAUGAUAUCCGUAAUGAUUGUGAUUUUUAUUGAUUCACAGCAUUUCUCUUUCACAAAUAUCUUUUUCAUAUGUGGAAACCCUUUUACAUUUUCUAUCUAUUUCUCAGGAUGAUGUAGAUAGAUGUGUGUUUUAUCUGAUCAUUUGUGUACAUAACAUUAAUCUUUUAACAGCAUUGGUAACGCAAAGCCAGGGUUGAACAAGGAGCCAAAAUUUUUAUGUUUUCCUGUCACAAUUGCUGUUGCUGUUUCAUUUUUGUCCUGUUUGCAAGGUUCGAAGCACAUUAUUGAUGUUAAACAAAGUGCAAAUACUAUGUGCAAAACCUGUUUGCUGCAAAAAGGAAAAUGUAGGGAGAAGUCAACCAUUCAUUCCAAAAACAGCAAUUCCAGCAGGAAAAUUAUUCCUGUCACUUGGAAUUUUUACUGCUGGUCCAACGGCUUCAAAAGUCUUCAGAAUUUUUCAGAACAUGGGACUGGCUUGCAUCAGUUUGAAGACUUUCAUGAAACACCAGCAGGUAAAUGAUACAUCAUAAUGCAUCUAAAGUGUUUAAUUUGAUGGGUACACAAAGUUAUUGAUUGCUAAACAUUACAUGGUUCAGACAAGCAUGUAAGAAUUGGUAAUACAUGUUAAAAUCAAACUGUGUUUAAAACAGUCUGAAUAUUGAAAUUUUGCUUGUAGGAAAAGUUAUUCCCAUCAAUUCUAUUGUUCUGGAAAAAACAUCGGAGCCAAAUGAUUACUGAGAUACAGAACACAGGUGAACAACACAUUAUUGGUGGAGAUAGAAGACAUGACAGCAUGGGCCAUAGUGCCAAGUUCGGUGCCUACACAAUUAUGUGCUUCAACAAUUCAAAGAUUAUCCACUGUGAACUGGUGCAAGUGAAAACAUAUUUGGUGCAGCUGUUUUUAGAGUAGACUGGAUUUACCAUUUAUAUAUAUACCAAUAGAUCUAUAUGUUUGAUAUCUGAAUAUCAAUAUAUUUAUUGCCCGCAACUCGUGCGCGACAGCGCGCGAGUGAAGGGCUUAUAGUCUGCCCCGCGUAUAAGUAGCAUAUGGAAACUUCAGUUCAUGUUGUCAGCACUUUGUCAGCAGAUUUUGUCAUUUUUUUGUUGCCUUGACAACUGUCAAUCAAUUUCAUCGUCAAUCAAUUUUGCUGCUGCUAUGGCAACAAACAAUCAGUUGCACUGUGGAACAAUCGCUCGCAAAUCAAUCAAGUGACAGACGAUGCCAUGUGAGCCAAAAGCGUGAAAAUAUCAGCGUGGGAGUUGACCUCGACAAGGAGGAAGGGAAAGCAGUGUGUGUGAAGGUACGUCAUCAUUUUGCGAAAAGGAGAUUUUAAAACGCUUACAGUUUCAUUAUUAGCAAGUAAAUGUUCUCAUUUGAAAUUAUAUGGAAACUUACACCGAAAAAGAGGAAAUAAAAAGUAGUUGCAGAUUUGUAUGUUGCCAUUUUCUUCUCUUGUGUUCUGUGGUAGCUUUGUCUAUGCCGCCGCCAUAUUGAUUCCUUUAAGAAUCAAGGUUUUGCUGGAGUGUUCCACCCUUGAUUGAAUUUGUGAUAUUCUUUGCCCCUCGUACUUUUUAAUGUUUUUGAAUUAGCAGUUAAAUAUCAAUUGUGAACCGGGGAGCAUCAAGAUUUUUUGCAUUUUUAAACUACCUAGCUAGGCCUAUAUUUCGCAGAGUAAAAGGGAAAUCAGUUAGACUAUAGCUAAAGCGAGCUUUUGAUGUAUCUGUCUUUGCUGGACUUAGCUGACCUGUACUUGUAAGAGCUUUAUAGUGCUUGGAUGAGGUAAAGACUACCCUCCGAGAAAAAUAGUUACUGUUAGUUACUGCAAGUUGACUAUUCAUUAAAUAAUCAUGAGUAGACUAUAGCAAUAUCAGUUAUAUCAGUAUUCUGUGGUUAUGUUUCUGUUUGGCCAUGUCAGGAUCAGUGCUACCAUUUAAUCAUGUACACUUUAUGAAUUCUGUCAGAAGACACCCAGGUGUAUUUUCCUGUGCAGUGGAUUGUUUUUUGGAAGUUUCAUAUUAUAUUUUGUUACCGUACCUGAGAGACGAUUUGGUUCUGGGGCCUUUUCAUCAACAGAUAAGAACUACCUUACUUCAGUACCAUGGUUUAAAAAGCAGUGGUUUUUUGCUAACAGAAGAACUUAUCAUUUUGUUGGAAGAAACACGUGAAACAAUAUGGUCACUAUUACGAUUAAGUUGCCCCUCAUUUACUUCUAUGAAUGCAGAAGCACAAUUUUCUGAAAUUUUUCAAGAAAGGUGUUUUGGCAUUAUGAAUUAUACAGAAAGAAGUCUAUGGAUUUCAAAGUUUAUCUUUAAAGCUUAUUGCAACUCCUGUCAUCAGUUUUUCAUAAAAAAUUUGGAAGUUUUUAUUCACUAUAUUACAAACAGAGGUGUGUUUUCAUUUGGUUUCAAUGAAGAAAAUUGGUAUCUUUUUAUAACCGCAAGCAAUACAACCUGCAAUAAUUUACUUUGUGAUCAGUGCCAUGCCAAUGCAACUGGCAUAAAUUUUUAUGAUUUCAUUCCGCCAACAGUACUUUGUGUUGAACUAGCACCUGAUGCUUUGCAGAAUUUGAAAUUCUUUGAAUAUAUUAUAAUACAUGAAGUAAGGUAUACUUUGAAAGGAAUGGCAAGGUGUUUAAAUGGUCAUUUUACAUGUGCAGUUAAUACCAACUUUGUUUGGAUAUUUAUUGAUGACUUAUGCAAUCAAAUUAGAACAUUUCAAACAAUAGGACAAUUGUAUGAUCAGUUUAGCCAUGGUUGGUUUUUUGGGAUGUAUGUGCUAAGUUCACAAGUGUCAACAAUGACAUCAAUAUCAACACUUCCAACUUCUCCUUAUUCUGAAAAAGUUUCUGCGCAUCUAAUCAAUAAAAACUGUACCUUCUCCAAAGAAACUGUUAAUCAAAACCAACAAAUGGAUGGCAAUAAUAUGGGAAAUUCAGCUUUUAAUGUGAGCGGCAGAAAAAGAACACUGAAAAAGCUUUUUUGCAAUGGUAAAAGAAACAAAAUUAGUGUUUCAAGUUCUAAAAAAGUACAGGUAGUUAUAAGCAGCAGUGUAUCAGGGUGUAAGAAAGUUUCACAUGGUGUAAGAAAGGUAAAAGGCGCGACAGUAGUUGCUUCUCCUGGUAAAAGCACACCAGAAAAAGAUGCUAAUAGAAACAUUGUUACUGGUGAGUGGUACAAGAAUAUUUCCAAAUUUCAUGAAUCAAUGAAAAUGAAAAUUAUUCAAUGUUGCUGUUGUAAUGAAGCCUGGCCAAUUAGUAAACUCCCACCUUUACAAGAUAACAACUACAUGUGUUCCAGGUGUAAAAGAGACAAAAGGUAUCCAAGGAAAUUUAGCAAAGAAAAUAAUAUGAUACCUUCUCCUGUUCCAGCUGAAUUGCAAAAUCUUACACAGUUUGAAGAAAUGCUAAUUGCCAGGGCUUUCCCAGUUAUUCAAGUGUAUACAAAGGCAAGAGGUGGUCAGAGGGCUUACAAAGGUCAUGUUUUAACAUUACCCCAAGAUGUCCAGCAGUUAGCUGAUAUACUGCCUAGAUGUGCAAAGGACCUUCCUGUCAUUAUCAUACAAAUGUAUGGAAAGGAAUACCAAUCACAAGCAUUUAGACUACGUCGCCAAGCUGUAGCUGAUGCUUUACACUGGUUGGUGGCUAAUAAUCCAAUAUACAAACAUAUUACAAUAGAUUAUUUGCAAUAGAUUAUUAGUUGAAAUUUGCAGAGUUUGUAGAUGGUAAAUGGAUAUACAGAUUUGCUUCUCACCCAAGGUUUGCUUACUGGGCAUAUAAUUUGUUGUAUCGAUGGCGACUACUUGGUCAAAGCAAUAUAUUUAUAAGACAGAAUCCAGGAGAUGCAGCUUUAACAACUGAACAACUGACUUCCAUGCUACUAAAUAAUGAUCAUAAUUACAUGAUGUCAAAACUUUUAAAUUAUGCCAAAAAUAUUUCAGGAACCAAUGCCUACUGGAACCAGAAAAAACAAAAUUUGCAAUCUAUAAUUGAGCAGAAAGGACCUCCAACAAUUUUCUGGACAUUGUCUUGUGCAGAUUUUCACUGGCCUGAGUUUCAUUCAUUGUUUGGUGAAAAUUUGCAAUCCUCCAAUUUCAGAUCAAAUGUAUUAAACAACCCACAUAUAUUUGAUUGGUUGUUUACAGAAAGAGUAAAAAGUUUUGUAAAAUGGUGGUUGUAUAAAACUCUAGGUGCAGAGUGGCAUUGGUAUAGAUAUGAGUUUGCAGUGCAGAGAGGCUCAAUUCACUGCCAUGGUGUUGCAAAAUUACAGGAUGAUCCUGGAUUAUGUAAACUGACACAGAUUGCACUCAAGGGGUUUCUUGCUAAACAAAAGAAAAAUGGUCAAGUUACUAAUUCUGGUGAAGUUACAAUUGAACAGCUUCAACAGCAAAUAGAUGAAGGUUUGCAAGCUGAAAAAGUAAUUUGUUGUUACACAGAUUCUUUGCUAUCAACAUGGAAUAAUAACAAUCCUGAAGAAAUGCAGUGGAUAAAACCUGAUGUUCACCCCUGUAAACAAAGGUUUUCAGAUAUUACAGAACAACACUUAGAUGAUGAUUAUGAAGAUUUAUUAAACACAGUUCAAAGACAUACAAUUUGCAAUUCUCUUUACUGCUUAAAGCGUAGAAAUGAUGAAAAAUUACAGUGCCGGUUUGACUUUCCUGUUAGGCAAUGUGAGUAUACACAUCUUGAAUUUGAGAGUGUUAACACAAAAGAUAAAUCUAUUAGGUACAGAGCCAAAGUUGUUACUGCUAGAAAUGAUACCAGACUGAAUCGACACCAAAGGAUUCAGCUUCAAGGUUGGAGAGCAAAUUGUGAUAUUAAUGUUGUCAUUGACUAUCAUGCUUGCAUUGAAUACCUUGCAAAAUAUACUUCUAAAGGUGAGAAAAUUUCUAAUGUUGCAAGAGAUGCAUUUAUUUCUGUUGUCAGAUCUAUCAAAUCAACUUCUGAUUCAGGAAAUACUUCAAAGAAAAUCAAGCAGUUAAUGAUGAAAGCUGUUGGACAAAGAGACAUGAGUAUUCAAGAAGUUAUGCAUCAAACUUUGUCACUAAACCUUUUCAGUUCUUCUUUUGAAGUUGUGUCUGUGUCUUUUGACGGAAUCAGACGACUAACAAAUGAAGAUGGUGAAGUUGUGACUCACACUUCAUUGCUUGACAACUAUGCUUUUAGAAAAAAUUUCAUCAACGAUGAACCUGCUAUUGUCUCAUUAAAUUUCAUCCAGUUUACAUCAAAAUUUGUUGUGAAAAAUGAAAGACUUCACAAACGAAAAAGUGAUGUUGUGGUUCAAACAUUUCCAAGGUAUUCAAGUUCUCCACAAAGCUCAAACUAUGGUUUAUAUUGCAAGUACCAACUACUAAAAUACAAACCAUGGUCAAAUACCCUGAGUUCUGCAUGGAAUAAUGAAGAUGAUACAAAUGAAGUAUUUGUAACUCACUGGAAUAAUUUUUUGCAUACACCAAAUAUACAUUGCUAUGUGCCCGAGUGGAACAGAGAACUGACAAAUAUAUGCACAUAUUUUCAAAAUUCAGAUGAUGAUGAACAGUUUCAUGAAAAUAAUGAAGCUGCAGAACCAGAGGAGUGGAUGCUACUAUCUAAUCAUCAUAGCAGUACAGAGGCAUCAAGUCAAUACUUCUCUGUCAAUUCUGAGACUGAUUUUGAAUAUUGGCAACAAGGACAGAAGAGUUAUUCUCAGGAGGAAAUUGGAAACAUGCCAUCCUGGAUAGACAGCCAGAAACAGAUUAAUAACCUUGCAGAAGCAACUGCCAAUGUAUUUUCAGAUUUUGAUGUGGGCUCUUUGAAUGAUGAACAAUCAAAGGCUGCCAAUAGAGAGAAAAGGUCUUGUCAGUUAAAUGGAAAAGCACUACAAAAACUUCAAGAUGACUUGGAAGGAGUGCAUUAUUUACUGAUUGAUGAAUACUCAGUUAUUGGUCAAAAAAUGUUUGGUUGGAUAAGUAAACGAUUGAAGCAGGCAACCGGUAACAAUGAGAAACCUUUUGGUGGAAUAUCCAUUAUUCUUGUUGGAGAUAUCGCCCAGUUACCACCAGUUAUUGACAAGCCUCUCUAUAAUAUGCUGCCUGGUGGAGAAGUAGCUACAGAAGGUUGUUGUGUCUACUUUUCAUUUGAUAAUGUUAUCAAACUUAUAACAAAUCAGCGUGCUGCUGGUACUGGUGAAAGCCAAAAACAACUGAGAGAUCUAUUGCUUCAUUUACGGGAUGGUAAUAUAUCUCAAGAUCAGUGGAAAAUUCUGUUGACUCGAACACCAAGCAAAGUAGAUAAUUUAUCAGUUUUUAAGGAUACUGCUAUAAAAUUGGCUUUUGGAAACAAGAGUGUUGCUGAAAACAAUUAUGAUUCUUUAAUUCGGCUUUCUGUCCCAAUAGCACGAAUUAAUGCCAAACAUAAUAAUGUUUCUGCAAGUAAACAACCAGCUGAUGACAUGGGUGGUUUACAACCAACACUACUGCUAUCUAAAGGUGCAAUGGUAAUGCUCACUAGGAAUUUGUGGACUGAAGUAGGCCUUUGUAAUGGGGCAAUAGGUGUUGUUUAUGAUAUUAUUUAUCAAACAGAACAAGGCCCACCAAAUCUACCUAUUUCAGUAUUGGUUCAGUUUCAUGAUAAUUAUAUUGGCCCCAGUUUUAGUUCAACUGUAUCAAAUUUAGUGCCAAUAUCAGCAGUAACAAGUAUUUCUGAUAGCUUUGGGCCUUCUUAUGAGCGCCAGCAACUUCCUUUACGAUUGUCGUGGUCAAUUACUAUCCAUAAAUCACAAGGACUUACCUUAAACAAAGUUUGGAUUGAUUUAGGUAAAAAGGAGACCUGCCCAGGGUUAACAUAUGUUGCUCUUUCAAGAAUAAGAUCAAUAAAUGACUUAGUUAUAGAAAGUAUGACAUUAGAAAGACUCCAAGCAGUUAGGAUAUAUUUUCAAAAUUUUCAAACAAUUUUCAAAAGGAUAUAG